AAAGUCAAAGGGCUGCACAUAUGGGCCACAUUGACAGAGAGCCUGCCGAUCAGAGGAGCAUCACCGGGUCCCUUUGCGUCGGACUGAUACACUGGAUGGUUAUUUUGGCCACUACUGGAGGAUUACUCGCUCUCUCGAGGACUGGAGUCAUGGACAUGUGCAUUUGGAUUUCCGCGUUGUCACUGAUGCACACCUGGAUUAUCUGCGCAGUGCUGUCGGCGCCCGCAGCGCAGACACCCGCUGCCUCCACCGACGCGCCGCCGCGGCGCCAUGUGCGCAACAAACGCUGCUCCUGCGCCACUUUCCUGGACAACGAGUGCGUCUACUUCUGCCACCUGGACAUCAUAUGGGUCAACACUCCUGAGCGCGUGGUCGCGUACGGACUGGGCAGCGCUCCCCGGACGAGGCGCGCGCUCGCGGAUCCUCGCUGCCAGUGUCUGCGCCAAAACGACGUGACCUGCACAAACUUCUGCCAGCUGGAGAGCCCCCCCAGGUUUGAGACGGACACGGCGAUGCGCGCCGCCGAGGCCGGUGCGUGUGCGGGGCCGCAGUGCAAACUCAAGCUGGCGGGCGACACGGACACGAUUAAGAGGAUGAAGAAGGGCAACAAGCAGCGGGUCUCGCCUCCGGCCAUCAGGGCGGCCCCGAGUCUGCUGCUCAAGAGGUGGAGGGAGAGGCAGCGCCACCGGUCGAGGGCGCGGGAGGGCGAGCGCGCGGCCCUUCACUAAAAGCCCCCGCGGACAGACAAUGAGAGCCUCACGGCUCAGAAGACGCUCAUCUCCUAGGGGGUCACUGUCCCCCCCUUUGGACUCAUGGGACAAAUAGUAUUUCAAAAGGGACAUUACUGGAAGGACGUUGCAGGAAACGGAAAGCACUGCGCUGUGUAUGGAUGAAGGCGGUCCUGCUUAUUAUAUUUCAAAAUGUAAUUGUUAUACAAGAUAUAGUGUGUAAUCGAGUGGACCAUGUGCCUUUGUGCAAGGCACUUUACCACUGACUGAAACUAGUCUAGCUGUGCUGUACACUAGCUGCUAGGACCUUUGUUAUGCUGGUGUUAUCAAAGAUAUCGUAAUUUAAUGAUUUUAACUAAAUAUGUGUGUGUUCCAUUUAUUUAUUCUUUCCACACGUUGUGAUUUGAUGGCCACAUUGGUCCGUCACGUUCUUGAGUUUGUCAUUUCUAUGAAAUGUUUUGUUACCAAGUUGCCAAAUUUUGGCCAAACUGAAAUAAAAUUUGUAAACCUUUUUAUUUAAAAAAAAACAACUGUUCAACUCCA